UCAGAAUUUGAGCUGAAAUCUGCAGGACAGCGUUUGAGGAACCCCACUUUAGAGAUUCACUUACAGACAUCGGAAGAAAUGGGUGAGGAAAGACUUACAGCAGAACAAACAGAAACCUGUCAGAAAACAGCGUCCAAACCAUCAGAUUACUGUGGUCAACUGCUCCGCUACAAACCACAUGGCUUUUCUGCCUCCGUCAUUACUAAAGCUCUGUUGGGGCUGCUGGUGUUCGGGGUGGUCUGGGCCGUGACGGGACCCUCGUGUCUGCCGGGUCAGAACCUCUUCGGCCUGGUGAUUCUGUUCCUGUCGGCCGUGUGUGGAGGAAAACUCAUCAGCGUCGUCAGAUUACCCAGAACCCCUCCAGUACCAGCUCUACUGGGGAUGCUGCUGGCCGGUGUGGUGUUGCGUAAUGUGCCGUACGUCACAGACGCUGUGUAUAUUGAUCAGAACUGGUCUGCGGCUCUGAGGAACGUGUCUCUUGCCGUGAUUCUCACCAGAGCCGGUCUGGGACUCAACGCUGCUAGGAACAAAAUCACUCUCACAGACCUUUUCCUGGACUGUGCCCGGCUGCUGGAACGACCUCCCGAUCUCAAUUCGAGCAGCUGA